GUGCGCUCCACAGCACCGUGUCCGGGGCGGAGGCAACCGCUGUCCCCGCCUCAACUCUUGGAAAAUUCCCGCUCCGCUCCCCGCCCCAAAUCCGGGAGAGCUCCCGGGCCUGCGCUUCGCGGCCUCGCCAUCAUGGCGCUGCCGGAGCCCCUGAGGCGGGGGCUCGGCUCCUUCAGCCGCGCCGUGUUCACCGACACCGCCCGGCCCGGCCCGCGGUGCGCGGGGGACGGCGCAGAUAAUGAAAUUGUUUCCAGUUUGCCACUGCAGAUGUCCCUCUAUUUCAAUGUUUAUUUUUUCCCUUUUUGGUGGCUCUGCACAGUUGUCAUACUCUAUCUGAAGUAUCCAGACUUGUCAGAUUACUACAAGUUCAUCCUGGUCACCAUCAUGAUCCUGGCCUCUCUGAUAGAGGUCAUUCGACUCUACCUGGGAUACAUGGGCAAUCUCCAGGAGAAAGUCCCUGAGCUGGCUGGGUUUUGGCUCCUGAGUCUCCUCCUGCAGUUGCCCAUAAUUCUCUUCUUGCUGUUUAAUGAAGGUCUGAAAAUCCAGCCUCUGGAGCGAGCAGUGCACAUUGUCUUUGCCUUCUUCCUUGCCUUCCAAGUCAUCACAGCCUUUGUCACUCUGAAAAGGAUGGUGAACAAGCUGGCAACUCACUUCCACCUUAAGGAAUUCCACCGCCUGGAGGAACAGCCCGUGCCUAGUUUUUACAGCCUGGGGAGAGAAGAGAGAGCUGUUCCCAUGGCUGGUAGGGGCCCCACUGCUGGCUGGAGAUCACACCUUGGGGGCCUGAGGAGUUGACAGAGGUGGGCCUGAUGCUGCUGCAGCUCUGUUUCCAUUUUGUUGGGUCAUUCUUUACCUUCCUACAUCAGAGGUAUUAAAAAAUAGAUCUUAAGAGCCAACAUUAAACUUCAGAGACUGAAGUUCCACUCUACAGGAAAAAUCAAAGCCAAUUAUGUGUCUGGCUUGAGUGGACUAUUUGUAGACUGUUACUGAGUGGAUUUGGUGAGUUUUACAUCUUAGAAAAUCGUGGCAUUUUUGAAAAAACAGAAGCCUUUGUUCUUAACAUUUGCACAAAAUUCUUUUGUUUACAAUAAAUAUUUUAUACACGUUA